UCUCCCCUGCAGAGCUUUAUUCAAGGCGAUGCCCCAGAGGGGAGGGGCCACGCUUUCUUUUUUGUCGGUGGAUGGUGAUAGAUAAGUAGAAGAACCCCCCACCCACAGGAAUUGCAAUCACACCGAGUCUCAGUGUCUGCCGGUUGAGUCAGGGACGCUUCAAGAUGCAGCAGCUGGUUCUGGUCGCUCUCCUGGCUUCAGGUUGGACCGUCUGCUCAGGUUCUGGAGACUGGUGCUAUCAGACUCAGUUUAUCUGCGAACAUCCGUGCAAUGCACCAGAAAAGUGGAACCAUGCCAACCAGGACUGUGCAGGAACAAACCAGUCUCCCAUCAACAUCGUCACCAGAAAGACCUUGAAAGAUGAACGCCUGAUUCCUCUACAGUUUAAAAACUACCAGCAGAUCUUCAGAAGCAUCAUCAAGAACAACGGCCACUCGGUUCAGGUUGGAGUUCCUCACAUCAGCACAGUCUCUGGUGGAGGUCUGCCAGCGACCUACAAGGCAGUGCAGUUCCACCUGCACUGGGGCGACAACGGUGGGCCCGGUUCUGAACACACCAUUGAUGGAGAGCAGUAUCCCAUGGAAUUACAUAUCGUUCACAUGAAGAGCCACUAUACCGACCUGACCACAGCGCUCAGAGAUAAGGAAGGGGUUGCUGUUCUUGGAUUUUUCUAUGAGAAAUCCAACAGCGCAAACAGAAAGUACGAUCCCAUCAUCAACACGCUGCAGCGAAUCAAAGCUACAAACGGCAAUACCUCUCUGCCCUCCAUCUCACUGGCACAGCUGAUCCCACCUGAGCAGAAUCUGACCUCUUACUACCGUUACAAAGGUUCUCUCACCACACCGGGGUGUACAGAGUCUGUGGUUUGGACCUUGUUUGAGAACCCCAUCCCUCUGAGCGCAGAGCAGUUGAAAGAGUUCUCCACGGUCCAGUAUCAUGAUGGCAAGCCAAUGAUAAAGAACUUCAGGCCCGUUCAGUCUCUCAAUGGCCGGCAGGUGUUCCGCUCAGCAGGAGCCGUGUUCCUGGUCAGCUUGACUCUUCUGGUGGCUUCCCUCGCCAUGACGAUGGGUCUGUCCUAACAGAACUAGAGUGAGACGCUCUUCUGCACUGCGACAUCCAUCAACAUAGGUCUACAUACACCCUCAUCUCAGUCCGUGUUUCCAACAUUCUUCUCAUCUGGUUGCUACGGUGAUGGACCACGUCGUAGUGCAGGGUACUCCCUUUGCUCACCCUUCAGACACAAAUGACAAAGGCAUCUGAAGAAUGCCUUAUGAGAGGUGCUGUAAGGGUUUGAUCAGCGUUCACGCAUGUCUGCUGAAGUAGUGAAUUUUAUUUAAGCGUUACAAUUGCGCCAUAAGGACGGAUACCAGGCAGUUAAAGGGAUUACUCAAACUCAAGAGCCUUUAAUCAGGUUGUGAUUUUCUCAUGUUAAACACACACACACACACACACACACACACUUAUUAUCAGGCCUCAUCCACCUUGUCCAGUGUCGGUUAAAUUUAGUCUCUGUUAAUACCACCGUGAGUUGCCAAUGGUUUUAGCUCUGAGAGCCGGUGUCGGCGCCGUGACUUGGCACAUUGUUCUUAACAGAGUAUGUGAACAGCAUGGAGUUAUAGAUAGCAGACCUGGGUCAUACAAAAUAAGCUCCAUUACAAAGCCAAUGGUCAAGGCAGUCAGCCGUUUGGCUCUAGGUAGUCUGUCUGAUCAGACAAAGGAAGCUGUCCUCUGUAAUUUGUUGUGAAGAAAAUUCGUAAAGAGCAAACAAGCUGGUUCCAGUACCUAACUGGAGCAAGAGCCUGCUAAACACCAGCUCUUUCUGUUUCCACUGCUAAAAGAUCUGAGUCUAGCGCACCAAAACAAAACGCUGUGCUUAAAAACGCAGUUUCUUUUAAAUUUGCUUAACUUAAGACAAAAUACUUUGUUUCAGCAUGAAUACUAACUGAAAUUAGCAAAGCAUGAGCUCAUCUAGUUUGUGUGUUGUUAAAAUUACAGGUUAGUUUUUAAAUCACAAUUUUAAACGUCGUUUAUAAACUAAAGGGAUUCGAAUGAAGGCAACUGAAUUUAUGUUUCUUCAAUUCUGAAUGGAUAAUACUCCUCGGAUGAAAAGCAAAACAUCUUCAAGAAACACAAGAAGUGGAUUACCAUUCCCUGGAUGACCUGAGAACCCUCACCAGCAUCAUUUAUAAACAUUGUUUACUCUUGUUUACUCUUAAUAUCACCAGCUGGUGUUUGUAAAUCCAGUUUGAAAGGAUGUGUGAAACUCUCUCUUAUAGCAGCGUUUACUCUUUGGAGAUGGUUGCAGAAGGUUCCCGAGCAAUGACUGUUGUUUAAAAUGGUGUUUAAAGAAAUGGGUGCAGUUAAGUGUGUUUAUCAGGAAUUUUGAGGGAACGCCGGUGAUCCUCUACAGAAACUCUGAAUAAAACAGAGGUAAUGUCAAACAUUUACUAGAGGAGACUUUGUUCCCUGAUGGUGGAAAACCAAACCACAACCACUCUUGUUCUAGCACCGAAACUUCUUUAAUAGAUCACCCAAAACAAUAACUAGAAAUGCAGAUUUUCUAACAUUGGACUGGUUUAGAGUCAAAAGGAAACAUCUUCAACAACUACAACAAAUCUUCCAAACCAGCCUCUUUACAUUCAUGUACUGUAAGUCACAUGUGAAGCGCACGAAGCUGCAUGUCAUGAUGUUCCUGAUGUUUAAUAUAAGCUUCAUGGUUGCUGGAGUGGGGCCACGUGGUGGUGCAGUGGCUAGAGUUGUUGCCUUGCAGCGAGAAGGUGCUGGGUUUGCUUCCCGGCCUGGGAUCUUUCUGCAUGGAGCUUGCAUGUUCUCCCUGUGCAUGCGUGGGUUCUAUCCGGGUACUCCGGCUUCCUCCCACAGUCCAAAAACAUGACUAUUAGGUUAGUUGGUCUGUCUAACUUGUUCUUAGGUGUGAGUGUGUGUACAAUUGUUUGUCCUGUGUGUCUCUGUUGCCCUGCAAUGGACUGGCUCUCUGUCCAGGGUGUAGUCCACCUGAUUGCCCAUUGACUGCUGGAGAUAAGGCACCAGCCACCCCCCACGACCCUACGGGGACAAGCGGGCUCUGAAAAUGGAUGGAUGGGCUGCUGGAGUGAGGCCUCAGGCACGGUUUCCAAGGACAAAGCCAGAUUUCAGUGGGCUGAUCGUGCCAACGCACAUGCUUGUAUGUUAUCAACCUUGAACUACACCCCAUUGUUUUCUGCUCGUUAAAGGAGAACUAUUAAUGUAUUUUGGAGAGAGAUCUGUGCAAUGCUGCACUAAAAUGCAGACUAAAAAUCUGUGUUUUCCAUUUUUUCAUAAGGAAUCAAGUUAUAUUUCUAUACCAUGUCAUUGCGCAAGUGUAUUUAUGUACCUGAAUGUUUAUAUUGACAUGAGUCAUUAUGUAUUGCAUUGUUUAUAUAGAAAGAAAACCUAUAUAUGAAGCAUCAAGUUUACUAAUGUUAAAGCACACAGGACUGUCAGGUUGUAAAGCUCAUAUAGUGAAUGUUACUGCUGAACAAUAAACUACAUGACUUUUUAAUA